AUGCCGACUCCUUUGCUUUGCAACGUGGUAUUUCUGCUGGCCUGUGGAUUGGCCUCAGCCUUUAGCCACAGCCCUAGGACCCCUGACAGGGUUUCUGAAGCAGACAUUCAGAGGCUCCUCCAUGGGGUUAUGGAGCAGUUGGGCAUUGCUAGACCCCGGGUGGAAUAUCCAGCACACCAGGCCAUGAAUCUGGUUGGUCCACAGAGCAUUGAAGGUGGUGCACACGAGGGGCUCCAGCACUUGGGUCCUUAUGGCAACAUCCCAAACAUCGUGGCUGAGCUGACAGGAGACAAUGUGCCAAAGGAUUUCAGUGAAGAUCAGGGAUAUCCUGACCCUCCAAAUCCCUGCCCUCUUGGAAAAACAGCUGAUGAUGGGUGUCUGGAGAACACCCCAGACACGGCAGAGUUCAGCAGGGAGUACCAGCUGCACCAACACCUUUUUGAUCCAGAGCAUGACUAUCCCAACAUGGGCAAGUGGAGUGUGAACCCUUAUCUGCAAGGACAACGCCUGGACAACGUCGUGGCCAAGAAGUCCGUUCCACAUUUCUCAGACGAAGACAAAGCUCCUGAAUAA